UUUUUUUUGUUUUUUUUCUUACUUUUGGACUAUCUAUGUGUUAAUUUUAGAGUAUCGGUCGCUCAAAACCAAUUGUUAAUGGAGUUGAAAAGGAAAAAAAAGAAGCAAAUAAUUACAACGAGAGAAGAGUGUUUUUGUAAUCAUGUGAAAUUUGAUCGUUAGGGGAAUGCCACAUCAUUGACUUUAGAAGCCAAAUGAUUCCUUCUCUUGCAUUCGAUCUUCUUUCUUUAAAAAUUCUCGUUGAUGUCGUUUAUUAAUCCAACGGUCAGGAUCAUCUGAUGAUGCCGACACGGGUUUUGGAUUCAAUUUCAAUUUGUGUGCGUAUGGGCCCAAUGUGAUGUAGGUUGCAGUGUGGCCCACAGCCUAAGCUCAGGUUAGUGGGGCCCGGUGUUCACGUUGAGGUUUUUUUUUUUACAAAUUACACGUCGCUUUACGAAGUUCCAACGUGUAUAUCUGUCUUUGAAGCCAAGUCUUUCAAGUUAAUUGGUUUGUAAUAAUUAUAGCCGUUAUCUCUAUUUAAACCCAGAAUGAAAAUAAAAAAAAAUCGAUUUGGAUAUGGUCUAUGAUUGUCCGUGAAUUGUUUUGACAACCACUUUGGACCCACGUAUAUAUUAGGGAGCUAAGACGCGAAGUUAGUGAAAAAAAUAAUAAUGGGUUUUCAAACUAUAAUGAGGAUUAGAUAUGGUGAUGACUGAUGGGUGAGGUAAGGAGUCUCUUUCAGAUUGGCAAAAUAGUGAUUUUCAACGAGGUGGUUGAUGGGCUCACUGCUCAACUUAGCACCAAUUCCCUUUUUAAGUGUUUUGUCCAGAAUCCCAUUAGUUUUUGUCCUCUAUUGUUGUCAUAUGUCUUUUAAGCAAUACCCUUUUCUUAACAUUGCCAAUAUCUACUCUUCGGUCUUUUGGGUCUUCCUGAGUAAUCAUGAGGAUUGGAGAGUCGGCAUGAAUUUGGUAAUUACUUUCAGCACACGAGAACACGACUCAGCUGUUCUAUCCUCACUAUUAAGAUUAGAUAGCCAGUAACAGUUAGGAGCUCGUUGGGUUCAGAAAAGACUUUUGUCGCCAGCUAGUGGUCGUACUUAUGAAGGGUAAUGCAGUGUGUCUUUAUUGCGACCCGCUGGAAGCAGUUACAAUUGUAAAUGAAUGAAAGAUUUCGGAUUGGGUUUUGUUACGGAUGUGCCUAACCUAUGCACUUUCACGUCAUCAUGUGAAUUGGCUGUGCUGGUGUAAAAGCAAGAUAUGCCGUGGCUGUCUGCCUUGCUCGCUGCCCAAUAUCAUUUUGACAGUCGCACGAUUGUAAUUGAGAGGAGUUGAAUGAAGUUCAAGAGUUAACCUGUUGUCCCUUAGGAAGGUUGGGUUAGAUGAAGUCCCAAGUCGAAAUUGUCUUUGCUUGUCUUGUGAGCAUCAUCUUGAUUCGUUCAAGUCUUUGUGAUGAAGUUUCAAAUAUAUCUGGCAUAAAGGACUGGACUUGCGAAUGCUCCUCUAAAUAUCAAGGAAAUAGAAGCUUUACAGUUGGAUCUAACUGUACAACAUCCUGCGAUUGUAGUCAGGAUGCUGGGCGUGUAUGGACUUGUAAAUGUCCUGCUGAUGGACUCCCUAAAGUUGCAGCUGAUAACCAGUACAGAAACUGUUUUGCAGCAUGCAAUUGUACAUCCGGAUCUCUCAAUGAAGCUCAAUCUUCAAAAAAGCACAUGUCGAGCAAAGCGAUAGUCAUUAUUUUAUUAUUACUAUGUGUUAUGCUCACAACUCUUGCAUUUCUAUUGUCGGUGGCUUGCUACUUUUAUCAAAGAGACAAGCGUGCCAUUCAACCGCCAGUAUUCUCUUCAGACAGAGAAACCAGCUGCAACAGUGCCACCAAUUUAAUUAACCAUAGGACUUAUUCGCUGCCUGAAACUAAAGUUUCUGUAGACUCUCAGUUUCCCAUUAAACAUAUUACUGAUUGCUUUCAGAUGAGUUCUUGUUUAUCAGGGAACGAAACAGGAAAAAUAUAUGGAGUUAUUAUUCAGUUUUCCUACUCUGAAUUGCAAAAUGCCACCGAAAAUUUUGCAAAUUCAAAUCUUAUAGGAGUGGGGGGAAGUAGUUAUGUUUAUCGUGGCAAGCUGAAAGAUGGCAGAACUGUAGCAGUUAAGCGAUUAAAGAAUCAGAAAGGGCCUGAUGCAGAUUCUGUGUUUUUAACAGAGAUUGAGCUGUUGUCAAGACUAAAUCAUUGUCAUGUGGUGCCUCUGCUUGGCUACUGCUCUGAAUCCCAUAGAAAACAUGCUGAGAGAUUAUUGGUAUUUGAAUACAUCCCUAACGGCAAUCUUCGAGAUUGUUUAGAUGGGGCCUUGGAGAAAACAAUGGAUUGGGGUACUCGUGUUGCCAUUGCAAUUGGAGCUGCAAGAGGCUUGGAGUAUCUCCAUGAAGCGGCUGCUCCAAGAAUUCUGCAUCGAGAUGUAAAAUCAACAAACAUUCUUCUGGAUGGAAACUUGCAAGCAAAGAUAACGGAUCUUGGUAUGGCAAAACACUGGAUAGCUGAAGGAUUAUCCAGCCCUUCCAACUCUCCAGCAAGGAUGGAAGGGACUUUUGGGUAUUUUGCACCAGAGUAUGCCAUUGUUGGACGAGCCUCUCUUAAGUCGGAUGUUUACAGUUUUGGGGUAGUUCUGCUUGAGCUUAUCACUGGUCGACCACCCAUUCAUAAACGAAGUGGCAAAGGGGAAGAAAGCCUUGUCAUAUGGGCUACUCCUCGUUUGCGGGAUAGUAGGAGAAUAAUUAUGGAGUUGGCUGACCCACAUUUGGAUGGGAAUUUUCCGGAAGAAGAGAUGCAGAUUAUGGCUUACUUGGCAAAGGAAUGCCUGCUAUUGGACCCUGAGACCAGACCAACCAUGGGUGAGGUGGUUCAAAUUCUUUCAACUAUUAAACCGGAGAGAUCUAGAAGGACACACAUUUCUGUGAAUUUUUCUCAGAGAUCAUCUGCAUACGGCACACACAGUGUAGAAUGCAUAGACAGACCUCAUUUGAAUCAUAUUUACAAAAAUAACACACAUAUGGAGGGUUCUCAAGAUGUAGAGGAGCUAAAGCAAGUCGUGUCCUGUGAACGGUCAGGUCGCUGUUCCCUGCCACUUGAUGCUGAAUGCAAUCUUUGUAGUGAAAAGAUGGAAGAAAAUAAAAUUUCAGCCGAGUACAUGGAGAGAUUGGUGCUCUUAGCAUCAAAAGCUAGAAGCUGGCGUGCGUCAGAUGAUGAAACAGUGGACAUAACUGAACCUCGGUUUGAAUCAUUUCGUAUGGGAAAUGUUUGUCCCCCAUAAAAUCCUGUAGUCUUGGAUGAAGGGUGCGUAACAAGAGAAGGACGAAAGGAUUUAGUCCUGGUAAUGUUACUUUUUGUUGGAGAUACUUUGUUCAUGAGAGGAGGAUAAGAAAGCAGGUUUCGAGAUGACUUGUAACUAAAAAGUUUUCUUUUCCUUCAAAAAUAGUGGAAAAGAAAAGGUUGAAUAUGUUAGAUGAUCAUAUCAUGAUUAUCUUAAUUGUUUCAUUUUGUUCAUUAUUUCAUGUACAGAAAAGGAAAGGAACAUACAAAUUCAAAAAACUCUUGUUAUAUUUUAGAAUAUGAAAUUGAUAGGUAUUGUAAUCUUUGUACAAUAUAAUAAUUUUGGUUUAGUUCACCAAUGAACAUAGCUAGCUAUAUCUGUAUGUUGAGCCUCUUUUAGAGGAAUCCCACCAGUUUUGCUCAAUUGUGGUAGUUUGUACUCCUUAUAAGUUACAACACUGAAUCAGUCUCCAACCCAGCCUAUUUCCUCCCCAGGUUGUAGGUACUGAAAUUACGAAAACUACCUCUUAGUUUGUCAGUUUACUUAGAAUCUAAUACAUGUAAUAAUUGGGACUAAUGUUCCCAGAACAUAAUCCAAACCAUGUAGAGUUUCACACAUAAAUUUUAAUCUUCUAUAUCUAGAAUUCUUACCACAUUAGAAAUGUGGUUUUUUUUUUUAAAAAAGAAAAAGAAAGCUAUGCUAUAUCUCAGUUAAAAGGGUAGUUGAAACUUUUUCAUAUGCCUACACAUGAUCCCUUUAUGUAGUCAACUUUAAGAGGUGGGUUAGUUGAAGUACCUGAUGUUUUGAAUGGUAGAUGAAGUGUGACUUAUGGACAGGAUGAUGCAUUAUAUAUAUAUAUAUACAAAAUUCAUAAGUUAAUCCAUAUUUGGACAAUUCACUUGAUUUUCAGAAUUUGUGUUAUAGAUAUGGAUCCACCUCCACCUCCGCUGACAGAACCGCUGUUUCCACCGUCUCCAGCUCCCCCAGAUGGAGGAUGCUUGGAAAGAUGCUUGUGGUUCUUCUGUUGCUGUGGUCUAUUUAGAAGCUGCUGUUUGCCCGGCCCACUGUUUGAAGCAGGACCAACUCCUCCUCCUUAAUGUUCUCAUUAUUCACAUUUUCAAUGUGUGUUUUUUUUUUUUUGAGAGUGAGUCUUACAGAAACUAAUUUUUUGUUUGACAAAAUAGUUUCUUUUUAUAUUGACAUGUUGAUAAUACUUUGUUCAUUUCCCCAAUAAUACCAAUUUGGUUUGAAGUCGAAACUUUCUACUUCCUUUAUGUAAAAUAAAAAUUGUGUCGUGUAUGGUAUAUGUGUAUUGUAUAGACAACUGAAAUUAUAAUUGCACUUUCACAUUCUCUCCCGAUUUA